AUGGUGCUGGCGAACAAGAUCACGCUCCUCCCAUGUGCUCAGGGUCAACCUGUUCUCCACUUACCAGCACCCCAGGAAAUCCAGGUGGCGAAGGUGCAUGCACAGGAGUUGGAUGCCCUUCAAACUACCCAGAAAGCGGUCAAAGCACUGGAACUGACAACAGCAACGGAGAUUGCACGGGGCAAUGGAGCUGUACCGCCUGAUGAUGAUGUCGGCGAAGGAGACGAUGGCAUCGCUGCCAGAGUAGCCCCAAUCGCAGGCGGAUGGUCAUACCUCGGCUGCUUCAACGACAAUCCGCAGCGAACGCUGGACUGCGACCCAAGAGACUACUACGCAGGCAACAUGUCCAAUGAAAAGUGCGUUGCAUACUGCGACUCGAAAGGCUUCAAACUCGCCGGUACUGAGUAUCAUCGGGAGUGCUGGUGUGGUAACGUGUUCCAAAACGCCAAGCGCCUUCCUGAUAUGCAGUGUCGCAUGGUCUGCGACGGCAACCCGACCGAGCUCUGUGGCGGAUCUUGGGCUCUUACGGUCUACAGCAAAGAUGGCACGGCGGUCAACCGACCAGCGGACACGAAUGAAGCGGGCUCGUACGGCGGUACGUCUGGCGAGAAACAAGCCAGGGGUAUGUAUGACGCAAACGGCUCUGAGAACCAAGGGCCAACGCCCAUCACGACACUCGUUACUGCGGCUCGCCCGGCUAGUUUCGCACCUGAGCCUCAGGCCACCGGACUACCGAGCGGUCCCAGAUUAUUUACUGCCAAGGUUAUGGGGGUCUAA